CGAACGCUGGGAAAUUGCUCCAUAUUGGGCCGACUGUUCCGUAGCUUCAUGCUUCGGAUGAGAGACAGCACAAAUACCAGGGUGGUCUGAUUAACCUUUUCUAGAAGGGUAUAUUUAAAUACCACUUUUAUUCAAAUAGAAGGACAUAUAUUUGCGAAACUUGGCGUUUUCAAACCUUUAAAAAUCAACGGUAAAGGCGUAGAAUUAGGCUAUCUAGCUCUAGCAGACCGUGUGGUGUGCCUUUAAGAAGGUUCACCACCCCCAACUGAACGUAGUACCAGAGCACAGUAUUCGCGGUAGCUACGUCCGUUGUUUUUUUCUCUCGACGUUUUUUGUCUCUUCAUUAUCAUCUCACAUCCCAUUUUAUCUGAUCUGCUUGUUGAGCCUAAAGGAGGCAAGAUGGCAGAGAAAGGAGUCACUGCAGGGAAACUGGCAAGCAAUGUACAGAAGAAAUUAACCAGAGCGCAGGAAAAGGUUCUACAGAAGCUUGGUAAAGCAGAUGAGACCAAGGAUGUGGCGUUUGAGGAAGGCGUGAUUAACUUCAACAAGCAGCUGGUAGAGGGCUCCAAGCUGCAGAAAGACCUGAGAGCUUACCUGGCAGCAGUCAAAGCAAUGCAGGAGUCAUCCAAGCGUCUGCAGGAUUGUCUGGUGGACAUGUAUGAGCCAGAAUGGAACGGCAAGGAGGACGUGGACUCCAUAGUAGAGGACACUGACCUCCUCUGGACAGACUUCCAUCAGAAACUUGUGGACCACGCCCUGAUCUCCAUGGAUACGUACCUGGGCCAGUUCCCGGAUAUUAAGGCACGCAUCGCCAAGCGAGACAGGAAGCUGGUGGAUUUUGACAGUGCGCGACAUCACUUCGCUUCCCUGCAGAAGGGCAAGAAGAAAGACGAGGUCAAGAUGGCGAAGCCGGUCUCGCUCCUGGAGAAAGCGGCUCCUGGCUGGGCUCAGGGCAUUCUGUCAGCCCACCAUGUCGCUCAAACUAACCUGUCAAGAAACCAGGCAGAGGAAGAAUUGGGCAGAGCUCAGAAGGUGUUUGAGGAAAUCAAUGUGGACUUGCAGGAGGAGCUUCCAUCUCUGUGGAACAGUCGCGUUGGCUUCUAUGUUAACACAUUCCAGAGUGUUGCUGGUCUGGAGGAAAAGUUCCACAGAGAGAUGGGAAAGCUGAACCAGAACCUAAAUGAUUGCUUGACCAAACUGGAAGACGACAACCAAACUGGACAAGCAGGUACAGUGGAUGUGAAGACAGCCGGAUCAGUGAAGAGUGUGAAGCCACAGGAGGCCGCCAAUCACAGCCUCUCUCCUGCGGGAGGGUCAGCACCAGCCAUUCCAAAAUCUCCGUCCAAGCUGAGGCCUGGCCCGCCCGUGCCCCCCCCGCCCAAAGUCACCCCGUCCAAAGACCUCAAACAGGAAAACAUCAUCAACCUGUUUGAUGACGCGUUCGUGCCCGAGAUAAAUGUAACGACCCCCUCGCAGGCCGAUGCACCUGCGGGCGGGAAUCUGCUGGACAUGGAUAUGGACUCACUGCAACCGGCUGUCAGUCCAGGGGGCGUGGCCACAUCCCCAGCGUCGCAGGUGACUUCCUGGGAUGCGUGGGAGACCUCCAAAGGCCAACCCCAGCAGUGGGAUGAUGGGCAGAGAAAUGCAUCGGCAGGCUGGGAUGAUGAGGCUGCCUCAGCUGCGCAGACGGGCUGGGGUGAUGAGGCUGCCUCAGCUGCGCAGACGGGCUGGGGUGAUGAGGCUGCCUCAGCUGCGCAGACGGGCUGGGGUGAUGAGGCUGCCUCAGCUGCGCAGACGGGCUGGGGUGAUGAUGGGACCCAGGCAGACACUACCGUAGCAGCAGCCACCACUGCAGGAACAGACUCUAAUCCCGCCCCCCCUGCAGUGCCAGAGGCAGGGGCGUCCAAUGGCUCCCCAGAGGCAGCAGAGAUGCCCCCGGGCUUCCUUUUCAAAGUUAUGGCAAUGCAUGAUUAUGUCGCCAAUGACUCGGAUGAGCUGGAGAUGAAAGCUGGGGAAGUUGUGUUGGUCGUGAGCUUCGACAACCCUGAAGAACAGGAUGACGGCUGGCUGAUGGGGCUGAAGGAGGCCCACUGGCUGCAGAGCAAAGACGCCAGCCCCAAAGGAGUGUUCCCCGAGAACUUCACCCAGAGGCUGUGAACCGCACAGCAACGCGGUCAGCGCCCUUCCCCGCCCUCCUCCUCCUCCUCCUCGCCCCUCUCCUUCCUCCGACACAACCAGUCUGGCGGAGGUUGGACACGAAGAAGCAAAGCUGCAUCAUCGGCUGCCACCACAGCGAACCCAAACAUGCAGCGUGUGUGCUGGUGAAGUGAUUCAGGUCGUGUGUCGAGAGUUGUUGUCGGUGGCGGUGGUGCGUUCGUUGUCGUGUUUAUUUAUUUCGUGCUCGUUUUAUAAAUUGCCCUGAAAGUGGCCCAGGCAGGUUUCGUGCCACGUUGACCCUCUCAGCAAGCGUAUCAGUAGAUCCUCCUCACAGGUACAGUCAGACCUUCCUCCCCCCUCCUCCGACUGUGUUACUUAAGAUCGGAAAAGUAUUUACGUUUGAAACCUUCUGCUCUCUGCCAGUGUUCUUGCUGUACACCUGCCUCGCUCGCUCACCCUUGACCCCCUGACCCUGGGGUCAGCAAUAACAAAAAGACCACGCCAUCACCCACACCCUUCCACCAGAACCUGUCUCUGUACCCCAACCCGGCAGUCCAGGCCCGAACCCCAGAACCUUUUACACCUGACUGAGCUCCAGAGUAUCCAAACUCUUCGCCUUCUGUUCCAUUCACCCCAGGGGGUGUUUCCACAUUGAACAAGAAACUAAACUACAACAACGACGACUUGAAAGAAAUACAGCCCACAUUCUGGGUUUUAGUUGCGUAUGUGAGAGUGAAUGGAAGUGCACUGAACGAAAUUGUCUGAACACUAUUUAAAAGUAAUACUGUAAAAAAAAAAAAAGGGGAGGUUUUGAACAUCCACUGGAGGAACGUUGCAUGAUGUUCUAUGGUGACGUAGUUUGUUGAAGAAUUGAGAACUGUAAUGUAACCGUGUGGAUUAACCUCUGGGCUUUUCUUCAUGUCGCUGAUGUCAAAAUGUGUUUACCCUGUGAGCUGCUGGUACAGACAGGAUGCAGUCAGAGCAGCGCUGGCUAUGCUAAGUCCCUCUUGGCAGUUGUGCUUUUCUCUAAGCUUGAUUAAUACGACUCUCACUACUAAGGUUCCGUGUUCUGGGGCCAACUGCAGUUUAGAAUAAGUGUUCCUAAGUCAGGUAAUGUGUUGUGCUCUAUAUAUUUUACAGCAUAUCAGAGUUUAUGUUUUAUCUUUUUUAAAAGGCCAGUUAUUUCUGUUUGUGGCAUUAGGUGAAUUGGGAAGCCCUCCAGCGAAGUCUUUAAAGGGACAGCUGUUGCAGGCGGCCAUGCUUUCCCAAGGCAAAGAGAUCUGAAGUGCAAGGUGAAAAGAACCCCUCUCGAUGUUCAGGCUGCCAUUUUGGUUCAUACCUUAAAGUACAAAACAGGUCCAACUCCACGUCCUCCCCUGACUCAGUGUGAGAAUCCGGGUUGCCAGGUGUUGUAAAUUGUUUCCCCUUCUGCGGAGUCAUAGUUUGUGCCUACCCUUCCCACCUCCAGAAUCUUCCAGCCAACGAGGUUCCAUCUGUUCGAAAAAACCUGGAAUUUAAGAAAAGGGGAGAUUUUCACUCUAGAUAAUAAGUCAUGUAUUAUGCUAAAAAUGUGAGUAUAAUGAUGAUUCUGAGGUUGGCUUAAACUUUCGUGGUAAUAGUCUUUUGUUUGUGCACCAGAAAACUUGAAAUAGUUCUUUUUUGUUAUUGUUUUUUUUUUUUUUUAACCUGAGGAUGAAGAAAUUCUCUAACUUCUAUAUUUACUGUAAAAACCCAUUUCCUCUCCCACAGGGCUGGCAGUGUGUGAAUAAAUGUGCAGUGAGUAAGACUGGCAGCCUUACACAUUUGCUGAGAAAGAAUCCAGAAGCUCUUCUGAGCACAAGCCCCUGCAAAAGGGAGUUGCGGCUUGGAACAGAUACGAAAUGUGUAUCAGAUUUAUGCAACAGAGUUUUGAUAGUUUUAUUUUUGUAUGUUUUUUGACUGUGAAACUGGACCGGACACGGUGCUUGUGACGUGGGGGAGUGCUUCAGUGCUGAAUCCCUUCCUUCUUCUUUUUUUGUUUGCCCUGGAACUGGACCGUGUGUGUUGCAGCAUUAGAUGUGUGAUGUCAUCCCUGACCCUCUCCUGGAGCCAGCUGUCACGCCGUGUCGUUUCUGUUGUUGCCACAGAAACGGGAAAUGAGAAUUCCUGUGCUGCAGGGCUCGCUCUCAGCUUCCUGCUGGAAAUGGAGAAUCACUGUGCGGUGCAGAGGGUGUGAGAGCGUGAGUUGUAUGUGUGUUUGUGUACGCAUGUGCGUAUACUGUGUGUGGUUCUGUGCGAGUGUGUCUGAUUGUGUAUACUGUGUGUGGUUCUGUAUGUGUCCUUAACUGAUAUAGCAGCUCUUUUCCCUUUCCCUGUUUCUCUCGGUGUAUUUAGCUUAGCUUAGCUGCCUGCUGACAAGCAGAAGAGAUUUGGGUUCCUUUUAACUCCAGAGUGAUUGAGACGGGCCCAGGCAUUGGUACUGGCUCUUGUUAGAAUUGGUUUAGGGGAGCUCUGCACUUGGUCCAAGCCCGGUAAAAAAAAAAGCCAGUACACGUGGUGAUGUCAUUGCUCUGAUGCAUUUGUGAUGUUUCGUUGUGGUCGAUCACGUCAUAUUAUUGUGCGUACAUAAUCUCUAAUGCACACACAUCCCCGUCUCUGGGCGUGUGUGGAGGGGUGGGUGGCCAGUGUUCGGAGCAUGCAGAAUUCUGUGUCUGUGUACAUGUGCCGCGUGCGGCUGUUUCUCGGGCUGGAGCGACAGCAACCUCACCCUCUUCUCUCGGUGACCCGUGAGCGUCUGUCGUUUCACCCUGUGAUCAGCUGUCCAAUCGGCGAAAAUAAACUUUUAUCCAAAACAUCCCAAAA